AUGAUGAUUGAACUUCAAGAAUAUGGAAAAGGUGCCGUUAACGAAUUAAAAAAAUCGACCAAACAUGCUGUGCGUUGUUCAUGUAGCAAACAUAUUUUGAAUACUUCCAUUACAAGCCCCUCAAAACUUAUAUCAUGUCAUAAUGCUUCAGGAACUAUGAGAAAAGUUAUAACUUUUGCUAACGCCUCUCCCAAACGACAUGAUGUUUUUAAGAAGGAACUGGGGCCUGAAGGACAAUAA